GGGAACCAACAACGUGCUCAGCUCCGACUCAGAGGACACUGGUGGCACCGCCCGUGGGGAAGCCUGGACUCCUGCAGGGGAGCCCCGAGGAUGAGUCUGCGCAGGUUGAUGCUUCUCCUGGCCCACCUGGGGGCUGUGGCGGCUGAACCAGGGAAGUUCUGGCACAUCUCUGACCUGCACCUGGACCCCAACUACACGCUGUCUGAAGACCCCCUCCAGGUGUGCCCGUCAGCCGGCAACCAGCCCGUGCCCAGCGCGGGCCCCUGGGGCGACUACCUCUGCGACGCCCCCUGGAGGCUCCUCAACUCCUCCAUCCACGCCAUUAAGGAGAUCGAGCCGCAGCCUGACUUCAUCCUCUGGACUGGAGAUGACACGCCUCACGUGCCCAACGAGCAGCUGGGGGAGGAGGCCGUGCUGGCCAUCGUGGAGCGCCUGACCAACCUCAUCAGAGAAGUGUUUCCAGGUAUGAAAGUCUUCGCUGCUCUGGGAAAUCAUGAUUUUCAUCCCAAAAACCAGUUCCCAGCAGAAAGCAACAAUAUCUACAAUCGGGUAGCAGAACUGUGGAGGCCCUGGCUUCAGAACAAAUCUGUCGCUCUCUUCAAAGAAGGUGCCUUCUAUUCGGAGAAGCUGCCAGGCAGCGCUGGGCGAAUCGUGGUCCUCAACACCAACCUGUACUACAGCAGCAACACCCAGACAGAAGGCAUGACUGACCCUGGCCGCCAGUUCCAGUGGCUGGAAGCUGUGUUGACCAAUGCGUCCCAAGCUGGGGAGAUGGUAUAUAUCAUCGGGCACGUGCCCCCAGGCUUCUUCGAGAAGACCCGGGACAAAGCGUGGUUCCGGGAGAGCUUCAACGAGGAGUACCUGAAGGUGGUCCGCAAGCAUCACCGUGUCAUCGCUGGCCAGUUCUUUGGACACCACCACACGGAUAGCUUUCGAAUGUUCUAUGAUGACGCAGGUGCCCCCAUAAGCGUCAUGUUCCUUGCACCCGGGGUCUCCCCGUGGAAAACCACAUUACCUGGCGUCGUCAACGGAGCCAACAAUCCCGGCAUCCGGCUGUUUGAAUAUGACCGAGCCACACUGAGCCUGAAGGAUAUAGCGACCUACUACGCGAACCUGAGCCAGGCGAACGCGCAAGGGGCGCCGCACUGGAAACUCGAGUACCGGCUGACGGAAGCCUACGGGGUGCCCGACGCAGGCGCCCGCUCCAUGCAGCAGGCGCUGCAGCGAAUCGCCAGCGACCAGCACGUGCUGCAGCGCUACUACGUGUACAACUCGGUCAGCUACGACGUGCGGGCGUGCGGGGAGGCGUGUCGCACGGAGCACGUGUGCGCGCUGCGCGAGGUGUCCUUCGGCGCGUACGCGGCCUGCCUGCGCGACUCCGCGCCCUCGCCCCUGCUGGCCGCGCCCCUGCUGGUCGCGCUGCUGGGGCUGCGCGCGCUGCUGGCGCCCUGA